UGUACUUAUCAUGAGAUAAAUGCGUAUGUUAAGUGUCUUUUUCAUAAUGUCUGAUUUUGCAUCUUAAAUAAAUGUACCUGAACAUGUCCAAUUAUUGUAAACAUCAGAUAGAUCUGGGACGACUUAUUCAAGAGACAAUGCAGCACGUAGGACUGACACUAAACCAGUCUGAAACGGCAGUCGUUAGGGCGCCUGCCUUUUUCGAGAAAAUUGGGACUCUUCUUGCUAGUUAUUCACCAAGAGUGUUGGCUAAUUAUGUUUUGAGUAGACAAGUUAUAGAGAAAACAAUGUUUCUUCCUAAAGUAAUCAGAAAUAUCAGGUUCAAAUACAUGGAGGCGUUAUAUGGGUCGGUAACUGAACCUCCUCGGUGGCAGACCUGCUCAGAUCAUGUUAAAUACAGGCUACCAGAAGUUGUUGGUCGGCUUUUUGUCAAAGAGGCUUUUAAGAAUGGAUCAAGAACAGACGUAUUAGAUUUAAUAAGCAACCUCCGGACAUCUUUUAAAGUUAUGAUUGGCAACUUAAAAUGGAUGGACAAUGCAACAAAAGAGGUUGCUAAAGAAAAGGUCGAUCAUAUGACGUCAAGAAUAGGAUAUUCGGACAUAAUUUACAACAAUACUGCACUUAACGAACUGUACGUAAAUUAUACAAUAACUAAAGAUAAUCCGAUGAAAACACUUAUAAACUUUGGUCAAGCUGCAGUCAUAAGACAACUUCUAAAUCUACGAAAAAAUGUUAACAAAGAAAGAUGGCACAUGUCUCCGGCCACAGUUAAUGCCUACUAUGAAAUGGAAGCCAAUCAAAUAACGUUUCCAGCAGCCAUACUUCAACCACCAUUCUAUUCUUUUGAUCAGCCAGCAUAUCUGAAUUAUGGUGGUAUAGGCUAUGUGAUUGGACAUGAAAUAACACAUGGUUUUGAUGAAGUAGGUAGACAUUACGACAAAGCUGGUGCUUUAAACAGUUGGUGGUCCGAAACAAAUGCUGCAAAUUUUAAAGCUCGGGCCCAGUGCUUCAUGGACCAGUACAACAAUUUUACCAUUCAGGAAACGGGAAACUCGACAACUUCAGGUAUAAAGUCCCAGGGUGAGAACAUAGCUGACAACGGCGGUAUCAGACAAAGUUUUUACGCUUACCGUGAAUGGGUAAGAACCAGUCGGAGAGGAAAAGAAGAAGAAAGUCUACCAGGGAUGAACUACACACCAAAUCAACUUUUCUUUCUUAAUGCAGCACAGAUUUGGUGUGAGAAAAUUAGAGAUCAUGCAAAGGUUGAGAGAUUAUUAACCGGUAGUCAUGCAAUAAAUAUGUUCAGGGUAUACGGACCGUUACAGAAUUUUGACGAGUUUUCUCAUGCCUGGAACUGCUCCGCUGGAUCUUUUAUGAACCCGUCAAACAAAUGCUCAGUUUGGUAGGAAUUUAGAGAGCCAAUACAGUAGCAUUAGAAUAA